CCGGAAACAAAAUCCGGGUUUUUUCCUCCGACCCCAAUAGAUCUGAAAUCAAAUUAUUCCGACUCUUUCUUUCUCUCACUACUCCUUUCGUUUUCCUUCCUCAACUCUGGGCUUGCUUUCGCUCUAUGUUUCUUCUACACUGCUAAUGGCGAAGAAUAAUGCGACCGACAACGUUCCUCUUUCGCGAUUCGGCGUUCUCGUCGCCCAGCUUGAGUCAAUUGUUGCCUCAGCUUCACAGAAAAACCCUGACCCUCUCCUCUGUUUCGAGAUCCUUUCUGAUCUUAUUUCCUCCAUCGAUGAAGAGCCCAAGGAGUCUUUGUUAGUCACGCAAAGGAAAUGCGAAGAUGCCUUGUAUUCUUUGGUUACUCUUGGUGCUCGAAGACCAGUGCGUCAUCUUGCUUCAGUGGCUAUGGCUAAAAUUAUAUUAAAUGGUGAUAGUAUUUCGAUAUACUCUAGAGCUAGCAGUUUACAAGGGUUUCUUUCCGAUGGGAAGCGGAGUGAUCCUCAGCGAGUUGCAGGUGCUGCCCAAUGCUUGGGGGAGCUGUAUCGUCAUUUUGGGAGGAAAAUUACUUCUGGCUUGGUCGAAACAACAGUUAUUGUAACAAAAUUAGUGAAGUUUAACGAGGAUUUUGUGCGACAAGAAGCCUUUAUCUUGCUUCACAAUGCUUUGGAAGGCUGCGGUGGUACAGCUGCUGCCACUGCAUACUCAGAAGCAUACCGUCUCAUCACUAGAUUUUCCACUUUGGACAAAUCGUUCGUCGUGAGAAUUGCUGCUGCUCGUUGUUUGAAGGCCUUUUCUAACAUUGGAGGACCUGGUCUUGGUACUAGCGAAUUUGAUACUUUAGCCUCUUACUGUGUCAAGGGUAUUGAAGAUUCAGAAUCGUCGGUCCGGGAUGCAUUUGCAGAGGCUUUGGGCUCAUUGCUUGCACUAGGAAUGCAUCCUGAAGCGCAUGUCCAACCUAGAGGUAAAGGUCCAUUUCCACCAGCAAAGAAACUGGAAGGUGGUCUGCAGAGGCAUCUAAUUUUACCCUUCACAAAAGCGGUUGGAUCUCGGGCAAAGAAUAAACGAUUUGGUUUGGCUCUGUCAUGGGUGUUCUUCUUACAGGCCAUUAGGAUAAGGUAUAUGGAUUCAGAUAGUGAGCUUCAAGAAUAUUCUUUGCUCAUCAUGGACAUGCUGCAGGGUGACUCCUCAAUUGAUGCCCAUGCACUGGCAUGUGUUCUUUACAUCCUACGGGUUGGCGUAAUUGAUCAAAUGAUGGAACCAAGCCAGAGAAGCUUUUCCGUUUCUCUAGGAAAGCAGCUCCAGUCUUCAAAUGCUAGUUCAUCAAUGAAAAUAGUUGCUUUGCGGGCUUUGUCAUACACGUUGAAAACACUGGGAGAGGUUCCCCAUGAAUUCAAGGAAUUUUUCGAUGAUACAGUGGGUGCAGCAUUGUCACAUUUUUUGGACCUUGUACGUGUUGAGGCGGCUUUAACUUUACGUGCUUUGGCUGAGGUGGAUCCCACCUGCAUUGGUGGGUUGACAUCUUUUGCUGUAACCACUCUUAAUGCUCUAAGGGAAAGUUUACCCUUUGAAAAGGGAGACAAAUUGAAAACUGAUCUUGCUUCUUUGCAUGGGCAAGCAGCAACUUUGGCAGCUCUAGUCUCCAUUUCUCCUGGACUCUCUCUUGGUUAUCCUGCUAGAUUGCCAAGGUCGGUGCUUGAAGUUUCAAAGAAGAUGCUAACAGAAUCAAGGAGAAAUAUUACAGUUGCCUCAAGUGAAAAGGAAGCUGGAUGGUUAUUGUUAUCAUCACUAUUAAAUUCUAUGCCAAAAGAGGAGUUUGGGGACCAAGAUUUUGAUAUUCUAAUCUUGUGGACUGACGUCUUUACUGGAAACCCAGAACACUUGAUCAAACAGCAGGCAGACUUAAAAUCUAUGUUAAGUGUGUGGUCCGCCGCAAUUGACGCACUCACAGCUUUUAUACGACGUUUUGUCUCUUGUAAUGAUGGUAUUCUUCUUCAACCCGUACUUGCUAACCUCCGUAGCGCUUUGUCUUGUGUAUCAACAAUGGCCAACAAACGGUUUUCUGAUGUCAAAACUUUGGUCGACAUACUCAUCAUAAGAUUAUUGAUAGCUUAUCAAUCCAUCCCAGAUCCCUUGGCCUAUAAAAGUGAGCAUCAGCAAAUUGUUCAGCUAUGCACAACACCAUAUAGGGAUCCUUCCGGAUUCGAGGAAAGCUCGUGCUUGAAGGCCCUCCUUGACAAAAGAGAUGCAUGGCUUGGUCCUUGGAUUCCUGGCAGGGAUUGGUUUGAAGAUGAACUUCGCUAUUUUCAAGGUGGGGAAGAUGGUCUAGCACCAAGUGUAUGGGAAAGUAAAGUUUCUAGUUUUCCUCUGCCAGAGACUGUGAAAAAGACAUUGGUGAAUCAGAUGGUUCUCUGCUUUGGUAUCAUGUUUGCUUCUCAGGAUAGCCAAGGGAUGCUCUCACUUCUUUCGGUCAUACAACAGUGUAUGAAAGCUGGAAAGAAGCAACAAUGGCGUACAGCCAGCUUGACUAACAUUUGUGCGGGACUUCUUGCUGGUUUAAAGGCUUUGCAUGCACUACGUCCUCAGCAACUAACGACGGAAGUAUUAAGCUCAGGGCAAGCCAUUUUUCAGAAUAUUUUAACAGAGGGAGACAUUUGUGCGUCGCAACGCAGGGCAGCAUGUGAGGGUCUAGGUCUUCUAGCUCGUCUUGGAAAUGAUAUCUUUACAGCGAGAAUGACCAGAGUGCUUCUUGGCGACCUAAGUGGAAUAACAGAUCCAAACUAUGGUGGAUCAAUUGCUCUUGCACUUGGCUGCAUUCAUCACAGUGCAGGAGGAAUGGCUUUGUCGUCCUUAGUACCUGCUACUGUUAGUUCAGUCUCAUCUCUGGCCAAAACUUCUGUUCUUGGUCUUAAGAUCUGGGCCUUGCAUGGGCUUCUUUUAACCAUUGAAGCUGCUGGUUUAUCAUUCGUAUCUCAUGUUCAGGCAGCAUUAGGACUUGCCUUGGACAUUUUAUUGACUGAAGAAAGUGGAUGGAUCGAUCUUUCUCAAGGCAUUGGACGCCUUAUUAACGCUAUUGUUGCGGUCCUUGGCCCUGAGCUUUCUCCUGGCAGCAUUCUGUUUUCACGCUGCAAGUCUGUUAUUGCAGAGAUUAGUUCUUGGCAAGAAAUUCCAACACUACUCGAGAGCGUCUGUUUUACCCAGCAGCUUAUUCUUUUUGCUCCACAAGCAGUUUCAGUACAUUUACAUGUAAAAAAUCUUUUAAUGACGCUGGCAUCAAGACAGCCAAUAAUUAGGCGUCUAUCUGUGUCAACUCUUCGGCAUCUGAUCGAGAAAGACCCGGUUUCUGUCAUUGACGAACAGAUAGAGGAUAACUUAUUUCAGAUGUUGGAUGAAGAAACUGAUUCUGAGAUUGGGAACCUGAUCCGUAGUACCUUGAUACGCCUGCUUUAUGCAACAUGCCCAUCACGCCCAUCUCGAUGGAUGUCAAUAUGCCGCAACAUGGCCCUUGCAGCAUCCGCUGGAAGGAGUGCUGAAACGAGCAUUGCAGAGAAUGAUCCUGCUAACACAAGAGAGAACCUUGGCGAUGAUGAUGAAGACAUGGUUUCUAGCUCUAGUGGGAAAUCUAUACGUCCCAAUCCUGAUAAAGACAAAACCUUGAGAUAUCGAACCAGAGUUUUUGCAGCUGAGUGUUUGAGUCUUUUGCCAGAGGCUGUAGGCAAUGAUGCUGCUCAUUUUGAUAUCUUAUUGGCAAGGAAACUUGCUUCUGGUAGACAAAGCUCAGGUGACUGGUUAGUCCUUCAACUACAAGAGCUGAUAUCUCUUGCUUAUCAGAUAAGCACUAUUCAGUUUGAAAACAUGAGGCCAAUUGGAGUUGGACUUCUUAGUACUAUUCUUGAGAAGUUUAAAUUAGUAGCCGACCCUGAACUUCCUGGACAUCUUCUUCUGGAACAGUAUCAGGCUCAACUUGUGUCUGCUGUUCGUACUGCCUUGGAUGCAAAUUCUGGCCCUGUUCUUCUGGAAGCUGGGUUACAAUUGGCCACAAAGAUAAUGACCAGUGGAAUAAUAAGCAGUGAUCAAAUUGCAGUCAAACGCAUAUUUUCUCUACUUUCACGUCCACUCAAUGACUUCACCGAAUUAUAUUAUCCUUCGUUUGCUGAAUGGGUCACAAGCAAGAUCAAGAUCAGACUUCUUGCUGCACAUGCCUCCCUUAAGUGUUAUAUAUUUACAUUCUUGAGAAAACACCAUGGUGACGUGCCAGUAGAAUUUGAAGCACUAUUGCCAUUGUUUUCCAAGAGCUCAGAUCUGCUUGGGAGGUACUGGAUUCAGGUCCUAAGUGGCUACAGUUAUGUUUGCUUAUGUCAGAACCUCAAAAGAAGUCAGUGCUCAUUCUUAGACGAAAUCCCGCCACAUACUGUGUCUAGAAGGCUACAGCCUUGUCUGGAAGAGGCAUGGCCUGUCAUCCUGCAAGCCUUAGUCCUCGAUGCAAUUCCUGUGAAUCAUAGUGUGGAAGAAUUUUCUGAUAGGUCCUUAAUAUCUAGACAUCGCAUGGUUACACUAGAGGUUGAAGAUUAUCAGUUUCUAUGGGGCUUUGCUGUACUUGUCUUAUUUCAGGGGAUGCAUCCAGCCUCUAAUAUGCAAGUAAUACCUUUUAGCUCAGCUAAAAUCAAAUGCAGUGGAGACUCUGGCAUCAAUGAAUCUUCGUUCCAGGGCCUAAAGAUAUAUGAAAUUGCAUUACCAGUUUUCCAAUCUCUUUCUGCUGGAAGAUUUUUUUCCAGUGGCUUUCUUAGCAUAGAUCUCUGCCAAGAACUGUUGCAGGUUUUCUCGUAUUCCUUUCAUAUGGACAGUUCAUGGGAUAUUCUUGCAGUAUCAGUAGUACAACAGAUUUCACAAAACUGUCCAAAAGAUUUUCUUGAAAGUGAGCAAUUUGCCUAUUCGACCAUUGAACUCUGCCUGGGGUACCUGUUCAAAAUUCUCCACAGACAUAAUGAAAGUUCGACAGAUGAUGACAUUUGGGAUAAUAUGCUCUCUCCUUUAUUUAUCUCCAUAAAGACACUAGUGACACGUUUUGAGUUGAAGAUGCAGCAUCGUUUAAAUUCGGCGCCUUUGGCAUUUUUAUUAAGUGGCUACAAGUGCAUCCGGCAAGUCCCUACUGACGCAUACCUACCCAAAGCUCUUGAGAUUGUGAAGUCCACCAAUGAGUUAUUGCAUGAGCUUACCAGACCCUCAUCACAAAAACCUUCUACUGAUGGCACUAAUUUUGCUGCCGAUAGUAGCGUCCAUCUAAGAGCAAUUUUUGGUGCUUGUCUGCAUAUGGUUGGUGAUCUGACUAAAGAUUGUAUCAACGGUAUCCGUCUUGUGGACAACAAAAGAUCAGGAUUACGCAAGCUUCUUCAGUUAAAGCUUGUAUUCUGUCUGGAACAACUCUUUUCACUGGCUAAGCUUUCCUACGAGUUUGACUGUCCAGGAGAUGAAAUUGAUACCAACUCUACCUGUAUUGCCAUGUUGAAGAGUUGCCAAAUUAGUAUAGCGGCAGUAAUUAAAGAUUCCAAUGUUCAGGUUCAAGCUACUGUCUUACAAGUGCUAAAAAGCUUGGUACAGCGAUACAACAACCCAGAGGAGAAAAGUUUUGUCAUCUUCUUUGUCGGCGAACUUAUUGAAGAUAUUGUCAGUCUGAUGCAGAGGGCGCUUCUGAAACCUAUGAAUAAGGAAUCGGUGGUCAUAGCCGGUGAAUGCUUGCGGUUCAUAAUGCUACUUCAGACACACUCAAUUACUGAUGAACUUCAGAGGGGAUUCAUGAGCCUUUUUCUUGAAGUGGUUCUUGUGGUUUUCUCUAAGACUUCAGAUGGCGUUUCUCAGGAAGUCCUCGAGUUAAGAAAUGUAGCUGUGCGGCUUGUUUCCCAUCUAGCUCAGUUGCCUUCCUCGGCUGUUCACUUUAAGGAUGUUUUGCUGUCGCUUCCAGCAACACACCGGCAGCAGCUUCAGGAUAUUAUCCGUGCUUCCGUCUCUAAAGAUAGUGCCCUUCCGAAGCCAAAAUCCUUGGUUCCACCCAUGGAUAUCAAACUACCAGCACCUGUGGUAGCAACACCUGAAAAAGUUACAUCUACUGCUAAUAUGGUUAAAGCAGAAGCAUUGUCCACUGUGCCAAUAUCAUUCAAUCAGAUCAACACAGUAGAAAGUGAAAUUGACGAAGAAAAUGAUGAAGAAGAAGAUGAUGAUGAUGAUGAUGAUGACUGGGACACUUUCCAGUCUUUUCCUGCUUCCACAAAUCUUGAAGGGUCAGAGUCUAAGACAGAAAGUGUUGCUGAAGAGGAGCCAGAUCUUCCUGGGAGUUCUUCUAUACAGGAGGAUGAAUCAAAUGAAACAAAUAAUUCACUACUUGCAGAAGAAGCUGAUGAUCAACAUUUUGCAUCCGACAAUGCGACAGACACCACAAGAGAAGAUUCGAAUGACAAAAGCAAAGAGGUUGAUGAGGAGACAGUAGAGCCAUAUUUCACCACAAGUGAAGACUCGGUUGACAAAAGCAAAGAGGUUGAAGAGGAAACAGUAGAUCCGUGUCGCAUAGAAGAAGCUCUUACAAGCCAGAAUGACAAAACCUCAUCUGAUGACCAUCCUGUUGAAAGUAAGAAUUUGGAAUCUGAAAAUAUUGGAACUGAUAUCAAACUUACUUCAACUGAGGUAGAUUCACCAGCCCUAGAUGAUACAUCAGAUGAUCUUGAACCGCAUCAGAUUCAAAAGUUAACCGAGGAUGAAUCUAGCAAGGAACAUGUUGGAGCUGAUGUUAUUGUAACGGGACACACAAUGGCUGAAAAUAAGAGCGAAGAGGAUUAAUGAAACACUGGAUGGACGAUAUAAAUUUUACUGUAAACUUGUUAUGAUUCAUUUGUGUUUGUCUUUAUGCGUCAUUUCAAUUGCUGGUUUGGGGAUAAAACUUGAAAUUGGUUUAUACAUUGUUUGGUUUUUCUA